AUGGUUCUCACGCACGCCCCACGCGCUUUGUUGUUUGACAUUUUCGGAACCUGCGUUAAUUGGAGAAACACUGUCACUAGAGUACUCAACGAUACAGUUCGCUUGCGCUUGAGUGAUGCGACAGCGUCCUUGGCUACUUCAGUUCGCAUCAGAGCUUCUGACAUGACGAUCGAACGCUGGGGUGACUUUGCUCAAGAAUGGCACAACGCAUACUAUCAUUUCACUCAAUCAGUUGCUGCGAAGCCCACCGCCACCUGGAAAUCUGUCGAUGAACACCACCAUGAGUCUUUGAGGGGUUUAUUGGAGAAGUGGCAGUUGGUUGGCCUCUACGACGACGAACAGAUCCGCGCCUUAAGUCUUGUCUGGCAUAGCCUAGACGCAUGGGCAGAUUCAUCGGCAGGUGUCACAGAGUUAAACAAGUAUUUCUGGACGGUAACGCUAUCGAAUGGCAACACCAGUCUCCUUAGUGAUCUCAAAACCCACGCGCAGAUACCUUUUACACAUGUAUUCUCCGCCGAAGAUUUUGGUGCGUACAAACCUAAUCAAGGAAUAUAUCUGGGGGCAGUACACAAGCUUGGCCUGCAGCCCAAGGACUGUGCUAUGGUCGCUGCGCACUUGGCUGAUCUCAAGGCUGCCAAGUCGUGUGGUCUGCAGACUAUCUAUGUUGAACGUCCUCAUGAGGAAGCAUGGACUGACGACCAGAUUGAGGCAGCCAAGAAAGAUGGAUUUGUAGACCUCUGGGUGGCCAGUGACGAGGAAGGUUUUAUUGCUGUCGCUGAACGGCUCGGUAUUGAGGUGGAUAGAACACGAAAGAGGAGUCGGUCAACCUGA